AUGAGGCGGCUACAUCGCUUGAAUUUGAAAGAUGAAUUAUAUGAAGAGAAUGGUUUGCCGUUUUACCAGAACAAAAUCAUUGUCCCAUUAAAUCUGAGAGGUGAGAUCCUCAAGAAUACGGGCCAUGUGGGCACACGAAGGGCCAAUGACCUUGCAAGACAAAGCAUCUAUUGGCCCAAUCUCGCUCAAGAUAUAAUAGAGAAGUACUUUAGAUGCUACUGGCGGAGUGCCGCCAAAAGGGAGAAGUUGGCUGACUUUGUCAUCAUUGCCACAGUGGACCGGGAACACAAGGAAUCAACUAUAGCGUUUGCUCAGCUGGGAUACCACAUCCUCUUGGAAAAGCCAAUGGCAGUGACAGAAGCAGACUGUCGAGAAGUUGUGAGGGUGUGCAACAGGUGGAAUGUCAAGUUAUCUGUAUGCCAUGUGCUGCGCUAUACUCACUGGGUCCGCAAGAUCAAGGAAGUUAUCGACUCUGGUGAACUUGGGGACAUUGUCAGCAUUAGGCACACCGAGCCAAUUGGGUACUGGCGUUUCUCGCAUGCGUUUGUGAGGGGUAACUGGAGUAAUGAGGCAGCAAGCACCUUCUCUCUCAUGUCCAAGUCAUGCCAUGACAUAGACCUCAUUAACCACUGGAUGUCCCCUCAUCGCUGUCGGCGUGUGUCUUCGUUCGGGAAGCUGUCACACUUUACAAAGGAAAAUAAGCCGCCAGGCGCUGCCUCCAGAUGUCUUGACUGCCCCUAUAAGAACAGCUGUCUGUACUCUUCUAAGCGGUUUUAUCUUGAUUUAGGUCACACUGGAUACCCAUUGGGUACACUUACCUGUGAGGUGGACAUAGAGAACGUGACAGACGCCUUACGCACUGGACCCUAUGGUAGAUGCGUGUAUGAUGCAGAUAAUGACGUCAUGUCCCACCAGGUCAGUGCUUUGACAACUGAGUACCUGGCUUUGCUCGGGGUCGACGCCUUGGCGUCUCUGCUCCUCCUGGUCUACGCCGCGGAGGCAUUUUAUAUCUACAUUGAUGUCUAG